CUACGGGAAACGUAAGCUACAAAACCUGUUCGGACGGUGUGGCCGUGCCGCCCGCGUGCCCGCGCCCGCCGUCCGUCAUUCACAACCCUCCAGCUCCAGUCCCCUGAUCCCCCAGUCGGGAUAUUUUACCCCCCAAAGGGCCCAAAGGGGGCGCUCCAACGCCCAUUUAUCAUUGGGGCGCGCGCCGCACCGCACCGCCAAAAAUCCGACUACCCCUCGAUCCCAUUGUCAAGCGUCGCCGCCAAGAAACACUCUCUUGAUUCCCCAACAAUUCCCUCGAAAAGGAAGCUUUCGAGGGAACCGGAGGGCUCGCCGAAUCAUGAGCAGCCCUACCGUCGGGUCCCUUCUGGCUGCCAUUGCGACACUCGUCAGUGAUGGCCUGCGUAUCUUACAGUUCGCCGAUAAGCGCCAAUGGGGACCUGACGAGCACGAGCAAUUGCGCCUGCUGGAGGAUACCCUCAACGACGCCAAGAAGGACUUCCAGGAGCUUUCUGUCCUCGUCAACGGACAGCGCUAUUACAUGAACGACCGCAAACCUCCGUCGAUCGCCGAACUGCGAGCUUUACAGUCCAAGGUCGAGCAUCAUAUCGAGAACUUCAAAGAUUGGACAAAGACAGGCGGACCGAUCAACCCAGUAUGGGCACGAGAGACGACGCAACUGCGCCGCGAACUACACCGCGCACAAUGCCGAGCAGCUAGGAGGAUAUUUGCGGCAGAGCAAGAGACCUCAGCGAGAUGCCUGGGUGCCUUUCUCGUUCACAGAAAACAGCGUGAAUGGCAGAAUCGGCCUGCUACUUCAGAGGAGGAGCACCACAGACGACACGUGGAAGAGGUGGUAGCAUGCAACACAAGCGGCAAGUUUGAGCGGUUUGGCGACGGAGGCAUUGCAUUCGUUUGCGACUUUUGUGACGGCCAUCUCGUAUGGGAAGACUUGGAGAGCAUGCCAUCAUUACGCACAGCCGAGGAAUCCAGCACGCGCCCAGUACCACCCAUUUCGCCGACGACCGGGGUGCCACACUGGCAGGCGACCGGGUUUACCGCCGACAAACGAAGAGAGGAGAAGACGGUCAUAUUUGCGCCUCUGGCGAUAGCGAAUCAUAUGGCGCCGUAUCAGGGGGAUUGGGUAGCCCGGCUACUAUGCCCUUUUUGCGACGAAGCGCCGUAUACCGAGGCAGGCGGUGACAGCGACGAUGAGAUGCGGAAUGCCCAGGAUGAAUCCGGCUUCGAAGAUCUCCAGGCCUUCCAAGAGCACCUAGAGUGGCAACACACAGCGGCGUCAAUACCCGCUGUCCCCUUGCCCAAGGCAGCCAAGGACUGCUUGGUGAUGUGACAUCACUAAUUCGACAACGAUUUCUAUUGGUGGCGUAAAAACGGCGGUUCGUUCGUGUACAUAUAUUCAAAGUGUGUGGUCCUGAUAAAGGCGAGGCGUUGGGGGCUUCCAAAGAGGGCGGAGAAUAUUCAUCCGCACCUACGACUCAUGGAAUUAUCAUUUACUUUAUUCGAUGGCAGAGGCCUACUUCACGAAGUGUUGGGGCCCGCCCUCAUCACCAGUCUGGAUAGACUCAUGCAGCAACAGAGAUACCACAGUUCGGUAGUGCUGGAUCAUA